AAUCUCUGAAGAAUUGUCUUGGUCAUAUCGCAUAAAGUAGAACAUUCAAAGCUUGACAAUGGCUGAGUUUGGUAAGGUUGGUUCCCCAGAGUUCCAGCCAGCAAGUUAUGACAACAAUAAUAUUCUUAAAGAAAGGAUUAAUCUGAGGACUAGCAGUAUUAAUAGUGGAUCAGCUCCAACUGUUGUCAGUUCAGUUGCAAAGAACAGUCAAAACAGUAAUGAAAACUUUGAUUCAAUAAGUGUCAUCAAGCCAUCAUUGCCCUGGUAUAGUCAAACAAUGGGACCUAAAGAUGAAGAGCGUAAACCAUUGCUCUACCAUGAUACCAUUCCAGAAGGGAACGAGGACCAUGAUGACACCAACAAUCCACUGAUUAACUCACACAAACAAGACAUUGACCCUAGCCUUAAAUCAGAGGCACACAUAAUGGGGGCCACUAAGACCCGCCUGGAGAAAAUAAAAGCUAAAAUCAUGGCAAUAACGAUACCAAAAAAGGCUAUAAACGUGAUAUUAUCAGUAACAACAAUUUUAGCAUUUGUCUGUAUGCAAGUGAGUCUGCCAAUGUACACUAAAGCGAUGAAUGACCAAAGAAGUGACCCAUACAAUGCAAUGUUAUUCUCAGCCUUUUGGUUUCCUUGGGUUUUCUUCUUACAGUUAGCAUUUAUCAAACUUUUCAUCGAUCGAGACUUGAGCUUAAAACCAAAGACCAGCUGGUCUGGGAUGUUUAUAACAGGAGCUUUAACUGCAUUAAAUGGAUUGUUGAUUGCAUAUGCUAGUCUUCCAUCACGGACACCUCCUUACUUACAGGCCAUCUUCACCACCACGCUUAUUCCAUUCACGAUUCUUGCCAGACUUAUUAUAUUGAGAAAAGGUGUUAGUAAACGUCAGUUAGUUGUAUGUGGGAUUAUCCUAAUUGGUAUGUUCAUAUCUGUGGAACCCCAGAUCUUUGGGCUGGAGAGAGGAGGAGGUGGCAGUGAGGGUAUACAUGGUAUUUUCUGGCCAAUGAUAUUCAUGCUUGGCUUUAUUCCUAGUGCAAUAGCUGCUGUUGUCACUGAAAAGGAGUUAAAAAAUGAAGAGGCCAACUCCAUGGUGUUUAUAGCCUGGACCCAAGUCUUCAUGUAUUCCACAGUCCUUCUCUUGUUCUGGACUGACUUCAUCCCCCACUUUGGCAUGGCCACUUCACCUACAGAUUUCUUCAAUCGCUUCAAGACUGGUCUUGUGUGCCAAUUUGGAAUUGAUCACAGUUGCAGUAAUGUCGCAGGUCUCUCCUGGAUGUUUAUUCUCUCCUAUUGCUUCGCCAACCUCUCCAAUUUCCUUCUCAUCCGUUAUGCUGAGGGUGCCGUAUACUCGGUCGUCGUCAUGGCAUUAGUAACACCCCUCGGGACAAUUUUCUGGAACUUCUUUUCUCUGACCCCAAACUUCCAUUUCCAUCCAAAUUUUGACCAGACCAGUAUAUACGUAUUUGUUGGGCUGUUGAUCAUGACCCCAGCUGUUGUUGUCUAUACAGUGUUCAGUAUGGAAGAAGAAGCUGAGGCUGCAAUGAAAGAGGCCUCAGAACCACCACCUCCACCAGGCCCUAAAAAACCACAUGCAAAAGUGAAGCCUUAUGCUCGUAGACAUAAGAUUAAACCUCUUGGGAAGUUGAACGAUUUGAUAAAUAAACGGAGGAAGAACAAAGACGUGAAAACUCCUCUGUUGUUAGACCAAGAUGUAGAAGACAUUAAUGAUAACACAACUAACAAAUCAGCUAUACCUCGCAGGGCUAGUAGUCCUUCAUUAGUGUGA